AUGUUAUUUCCUUGCAUCAAUACUGGUGAUUUAUCAUUGUUCGAUAUUACAAGUAUUACAACUACAACUGCAACUACAAUGAAAGCUCCUGUCUGUUCACUUCAAUGGGAUUCUAUUGGUAUGACUGUAGCAGGUGAUGCUAGAGGUGUUGCUGGUAUUACAUCCAAUCGGCUCAAUGCUCCUCGUGAUAUAUUUUUGGACUCAUCCAAUACUCUCUUUAUCGCUGAUUACGGCAAUAACAGAGUUCAAAAAUGGUUGUUAGGUGCUGCCACUGGUACGACAGUUGCUGGUAAAAAAAAUGGAGUAGCAGGACGUAAUUCCGAUCAGCUGAGUGGUCCUACGGGUAUCGUUGUCGACCCAAGUAGUAAUAUCGAUGUGGUAGAUAGCCGGAAUCAUCGGGUUCAAUCUUGGCUAUCCGGAGCAGCUGCGGGCACGACGAUUGCUGGCAAAGGAGGAUCUGGAAGAAGACUUGAUCAAUUCAUGUUUCCAUCUAGUAUCGCAUUGGAUGAUAAAUCAGGCACAAUUUACAUCAGUGAUUUUUCCAAUCAUCGUGUGAUGAAAUACACACCAGGUGCAAUAAAUGGUGUUGUGGUUGCUGGAGGUAAAAGAGCAGGAACUGCCACUAAUCAGUUGUGGUUGCCGAGCGGUAUCUAUUACGACUCAACAUCAAACAGUGUAGUCGUCGCUAACACUGGAGCUAACAAUAUUGUUCGUUGGCCUAUAGGAGCCAAUGCAUGGACACUUCUUGCUGGUGAUAAAAAUGGAAAGGCUGGUUCUUCAUCAACAUUACUGCGUAAUCCUCUUGACAUAACGUUUGAUAACAUGGGAAAUAUGUAUGUAGCUGAUCGGAACAAUAAUCGUAUACAGUUUUUUAGUGCUGGUGGAACCAUUGAGUCUGUCGGUGCUCGUUUCAAAAUUGAUCCUGACCGUUUCGAUGAUUUUUUUCGAAUUUGUUUGCGAAGAACGUUGAGUCAAAUGAUGUGUGAUAUUCGUCGUUGUCAUACAAUAGCUAAUGCUGUUGGAGCUUGUGAUGGUGGAACACACGAUUUUGCAUGCGCUAUUUAG